AUGUGCUGCUGUUCGAAGCGAUACUCCAACACCGCCAAAAAGCUGUGGGCUUUUGGCGGUGUGGUGGCCAUCUUUAUUGCGGCCGCGUUCUUCGGUUUCGGUCUUCCGGCCAUCAUCGACGCCGUGGCGCUGACGGAGUUCCGCAUCAAGGAGGGAGCCCGCGUGUACGAGAACUUCUUCGACGGUGAGGUGCCGAUCUUCUUCGACAUCUACGUGUUCGAUUGGACGAACCCGGAGGAAGUACGGAACCCAAACGUACGGCCCAACUUUGUCCAGAAGGGACCGUACGUGUUCUCCGAGCGCCACGAGCGGGGCAUGGUUUCGUUCAACGCGAACGAUACGAUCACGUUCAAUCAGAAGCGCAUCUGGCACUACAUGCCCGAGCUCUCGAAUGGGGACUACUUUAACGAUCGCGUUACCACGCUAAACCCUGUGCUAGCGACCGUCGGAAAAACGCUAGAAGGAAACCCACUAUUGAGUCUGCUUGAUGGCCUGAUCAUGGCUAACAGCUUGGCAGAGUUUCUAUACCGAGACGUGCCAGUACACGAGAUGCUGUUCGAUGGCCACCCGGACAUUCUGCUGCCUACGUUGCGUGCCUUGCUUGCUCAGUUACCGCCGGGUGCAAUACCCGACUUCGAUCUGCCACCAUGGGAAGGUUUUGGUUGGUUCGUGGAACGCAACGGAAGCCUAACCUACGACGGUACCUUCCAGAUGGGUACGGGCACGGACAACCGCAUCAACACGGGCGUAAUGCGCCAGUGGAACAAUGCCCCACAGGUUCCAAAUUAUCGCGGUUUCUGUGGCCAGGUGCGUGGAUCUGCCGGUGAAGUGUGGCCACCGAUGGGACGCAAUCUGGAUACGUACCCACCGCUAGCGCUCUUCCUGCCCGAUCUAUGCAGUGCCAUCACGCUGCAGCACGAGCGCGAGUUCACCGUGCACGGAUUGGAUGGUGAGCAGUGGGUGGGAGAUGCGCGAAAUUUCGACAACGGCCAUACGAUCCCGGAAACGGAAUGCCAAUGUACGGCAGCGGUCGAAGAGUGUCCCUUCUACCGGCCUGGUGUGCUCGAUGUGUCCGAAUGCAAGUUUGGGGCUCCUCUCGUCGUGAGUUAUCCACAUUUCUAUCUCGCUCAUCCGAGUUAUCGCAGUGCCGUGGAUGGUAUGAGCCCGGAUCGGGCAAAGCACGAGUUCCGCUUUGCACUGCAUCCCUUUUCGGGCAUCCCGAUGACCGUUAAUGGGCGCAUCCAGUACAAUAUGCAUCUUAGGGACAAUGGCCUAUCCUUGUUCCAAGGUGUGCCGGACAUCGUGAUCCCUGCAUUUUGGGUAGAGCAACGUAUGGUGCUUACCGAAGACAUCGCAGAUGAUCUUAAGCUGAUCGAAAAUCUACGAUGGGGAUUCAUCUACACAUCAUUCGCGCUGUGUGGCGUUGGUGCACUUCUUCUUGGGUUGUCUCUCUACGCCUCGUUUUACGUAUGGAAAGACUAG